AUGAGAGGAAUCCUCUGCUGCCGACCCGCCGCCGCCUCGCCGUCCUCCGGUCCCAUUCUCUCUCCUCCCUGCUCGCCGUGCAGGGGUCCCCGGGGGGUUCCUCCGGCGAGGUCUCUGUCCGUGGUCACUGGAGUGGAAUCCGAGGUCUCCCAGGAGAGCCCCGCCAAGGCUGUCGUCCGCCGGCGCCUGAUACUGCUACGGCACGCAGAGAGCUCUUGGUCGGACCGGUCGCUCAGAGGUGUGGAGGAGAAAGAAAUCCUUCUGUCAACCCCAUCCCCCUCUCCAACUUUUAUCUGGAUGAGGUUUGGAUUGUUCGUUGGGUGAAGAACUGUUCGAUGAUUCGGUUGCUUAUAGGUUUGUCGCAUGCGAUUCUCGCAGACCAUGACCGCCCGCUCAGCAAAGCUGGGAGGAGUGACGCGAUCACGGUCUCCCGCAAGCUUCAGCAGAUGGGGUGGAUUCCGGAACUCAUCUUGUCCAGGUCUAGGGUUCUCCUCAAUCUGUGAAUUCUCUGAUACCUUUAUUCAUCCGUAAGCUUCAACACCUUCGAUUCCAUUCAAUUGAGGUCGAUUUUGCUCGUCUUGCAGUGACGCCACUCGAACAAAGGAGACUCUGCAUCUGAUGCGAGAGCACGCGGCGUGUUUCUUGGAAGCGAAAGUGCGCUACGUUCCGAGCUUCUAUUCCGUGGCAGCAAUGGAUGGGCAGACCGCGGAGCACCUCCAGAAGGCCGUCUGUGAGUACUCGGAGGACGAGAUUCUCACCGUUAUGUGAGUGUGCUCAUCCACGGCUGCCUUCUUGUGCUGCUAAUGGUGUAGUAAAGCGAAGGAGAGUUGUUUAGCCACUGGUGAAAUGAUGAGCAGGUGCAUGGGCCACAAUAAGGGCUGGGAGGAGGCAGCGUCCAUGCUCGCAGGGGCAUCAAUUGAGCUGAAGACGUGUAAUGCGGCCUUACUCGAGGCCAGUGGACAGUCAUGGAAUGAGGUGCGCUUUUUGGUGAAAGAAGGGCAUUUUAUUCUUAGAUAACUAUCUUUGAUGUCGGUAAUGGAGUAGAAUAACUGUCUGAAAGCUGGAGCUACCCCUUAUUUAAAGUUUGUUGAUUAGCACAUCCAAUUCAUUUGAUACCAAAUUUUAUCUGAGAAAGAAUCAAAUGCAUUUCACUAUUUCUGUCCUCGGUCCAGGACAAAAUUUCCAAUGAUGUCAUAAGAUGGUUAUUUUUAUGGAAACCUUAUUAUUGAGAUGCUUUCUUUCCUUUUCAGUGAUGCAUAAUAAUCGGGUUUUGGUCAUAAUUUCAUUUUCGCGUGUAUCCAAAUGGCUGUGGGAGGGCAGAACGAGAUGGAAAUAGACACUUCCUUAAAGCACCCAAUUUUUAGGGAAUUAUUCAAGGAAAGUUUGGAAUAAUUUACAACUUCAGGUUCUUGCUAGGAGAAUUUGAACAGCAAUUACCAGCUUCCUUUUAUUCCUUCAAGCUGAUGGGGAUGCGCAAGUACCAUGAUGAGUCAUGAAUUCAUUUCAUUCUUCUAGAGUGCAGGCCUGGGAAUUAGUUGUUUGCUCUAUCUUUUACCAAUUCUCAUGAACCAACAAAUGUACGAAGUCACUUUGACAGUGUUCUUAAAUGAAACUCCAGUAUCUAUUGACACAGCAUGGAUGUAUUAUAUGCCUAACCAAGUUCUCCAUUCUUAGUGAAUAUAAUUAUAUGAAGUUUGGACUAGACAAAACCCAGUAUUUGGAUGAUCAUGUUUAGCUUGGUUUGGUUAAUAGUGGACCAUCCAUAAUGGGCAAGUGACCAGAGGGCAUUUCAAGCGGUAUGCACCCAAGACAAACUGAAAGCGUCCAUUAAAGUUGAGGUUUUACCCUAGACACCUUUCAACUUGAGGUUUUUGCAAUCUCAGACGGUGCAGGCGGCCACAGCAUCUGUGACAGCAUCCUAGAGAUGUUAAAAUUUUCAGUUGAUGUUAUGUCUAGGUCUCUAUUUCUUUUCUGGUGACUCUGUCUAAUCUCGCCUAAACAUUUUCCUCCCUCAGUUCCCAAUUCCUAUUUACACUGAAAUGUUGAAAUGUCUAGUGUUGAUGCUUCCGAGAGCUUUCCAUAACUAUCUAUGGCAGAAAAAUAUUUAUUCAAUUGCUUUUAGCUUUAUUAUUCCCUAGAAUCCUUCGUAACAUUAGUGAUUUACGAAUUGGAGGGCACGAUCUUAUAUAAAGUAUCCCCCUUUAUAGUGACGAUUUUCCUUCCAGCUUGUCAUUAUUUUUUCAAUCUUCUAUCCGACCAUAACCAAUUCCUUUUCAAGACUCUUCUAAUAAGUGACAUUCCUAGGUUAGAAAUACGAAACUCUCCCUAUUCAGAAUCCAAAGGUACAACUGCCCUCUUAACCUCCACUCUCUCUGCGUUAAAGUCCAUGUGUAUGCUUUUCUCAUUGUUUAUUUCAAGUGCAGUGUUUUCUUCUAAAUUUUUUAACUGUCUUAGCCUUCAAUUUUUUUUGUCCUUUUCAUAUACUAACAUCAUCUUGCAAUUGGCAUAGAUAUGUGAAUACAUUCAUAUUCCAUCCGAAACUCUUAUUGGCUUUUGCACAAAUCCUUCGUUUUCAACCAAUUAGCCUGUUAAACACUCACCUUAGCUUCGUCGCCAACAUUCAUGCGAAUGUUUUCCGCGUGGUUUUUACUUGGCAACAUGGGGCUGUAGUCCCUCAGCCCAUUUAUGUUUUCUUUGUUAAGAACCAACACCACAAAUGAUUUAUGCUAAAAUCCCUCAAAUGAAAAACUGUCACGAGUUUCUUUCAAAAUUCCAACAAUUCUGAACCAAAUCCGACAAAUCGUGUAAGAACAUAGGAGAAAAUCCGUCAGCUCCUGGAGCCUUGUUUGCUAUCAUAGUAAAGAGAGAUUGUUUAACCUCUUCUUCCGCAGAACGUUUUGACAGCUCUCCAAAAUCUCCCUUGAUGUUUCAGUCGGUACCUCCUUUUCUAAGGAAGGCCCCUAGUCGGCCUCAAUGAAUAAAUAAACUGACAUAAAGCUCAUUUGUGCUCUCGUUUGUGCCAAUCAUCUCUUGUAAUAUCUUUUCGCUCCGAUUAAUCAACAGACGGAUGGCGUUUCUCUUUUCCUUCCCGAGAAUCUCCCUCCAUUUAGCCUUCAAGGUUUCUAUAAUGCCUAUCCUACACUUCAAGCAUCUCUGCAUCCUCCAAUUCCUGGAGAAAUCUGCCCGUUUCAUCUUUCUUCCAAAGUAUCUUCCUCUCUGAGUAGCAUAAAAAAUAUUAUUUCCUUGUAAACAGUAAGAAAAACGUUGACCAGAAUUGAAUUACCCUCCAGAAACAAGAAGUCAGGAUGUAGGUUUGUCAGGUGGCUGGAGUAGGUGUUUAUGAUGCUGGUGAUUCUUCAUAUAUUCCUGUAUAUGGUGAUUAAUCUGACGAGAUAAAACUUUGAUUGGCUCUCUUUUCAGUGAGUAGUUGUAAACGGCGUUUCCUGCGCAGUAAGACUGUCUUGGUGUAUUUAGACAAUGUAGUUGCUAUUUAAUUUAACUUUUUUUUUUUAAUAAAUGGAGACUUCAAUCAGGAAAGCCACGGAUAAAUGAACCAUUUAAGGAAAUGUUCUCCUUCAUAUUAUAUAUUUGAGUAGAUUUUUUAUGUUGCUAUUAAGUUCCUUGAUAGAUACAAUACAUUAAUUAGAAGCUAUUCGUAGAAAAUGAAUAUGUUAGUUAGAAAAACCACCUGCAGAUUAACUAUUUGAAGAAAGUCUUCGCUUAUGCGUUGCAUACCCGUGUAGAUUAUCUAUGUUGCCAUUUUGUCCAAACCAUAUUCUUGCUUAAAACCUUAUUUUCUUCCCUAUGAAUCAUUGACCUCCGUGUCGAAUACAACUCAUCAAUUAGAAGUUGUGAUUUCAACGAGCUGUGCUCUUUUUAUCUCCUGCCAUCUUCAGGCAUUUGCGUCAGCCGGUCUCGGGGGAUGGAAGCUCCAUGGGAUAGUGAAGCCCGAGUCCGUGUGA